AAAAAGAAAAGUAAAAGAAAUAUUUAAAAAUAAAAAAAUUUAGAAAAAAGAAAAAGAAAAACAAAAAUCCUUCUCGGAAAAAGAUCUCUUCGUUCCCAAGCAAUCGUCAACUGUGGCUUCCAUGGCGUCUCUCCGCCUCCUCGCGAUCCCUCUUCUCUUCCUUCUUGUCGCCCUGCCAUUGGCUGCCGCCGACGAUGCCUCCGACCAGGACGAUUCCGGCCCUAAAUCCCCCUUCUGCAACAACACCUUCCAAUUGGUCAAGGUUAAGAACUGGGUUGAUGGCAAGGAACAUGAAAGUUUAGUUGGAUUAACUGCAAGAUUUGGUGCUUCUUUGCCUACUGAAGCUCAUGAUCAUCUCAGACUACCUGCUGUUUUUUCAAAUCCCAUGAACUGCUGUUCUGAUUCUUCUUCAGAGCUUUCGGGCUCUAUUGCUUUGUCCACACGUGGGGAUUGUUCCUUCAUGGCUAAGGCAAAAGUUGCACAGUCAGGAGAUGCUGCAGCCUUGUUGGUGAUAAAUGACAAAGAAGAUAUUUACAAGAUGGUUUGUUCUGAAAAUGAUACCAUUGUAAACAUUACAAUUCCUGUCGUGAUGAUUCCAAAGUCGGGAGGAGAUUCACUCAACAAAUCUAUAGCAGAUGGAAAGAAAGUGGAACUGCUAUUAUAUGCGCCAACUCGUCCAGUCGUAGAUUCUGCGGUAGUAUUCUUAUGGAUGAUGGCUGUUGGAACUGUUGUCUGUGCUUCACUUUGGUCAGAGUAUAUUGCAUGUGAGCAGAAUGAUGAGCGCUAUAAUGAAUUGUCACCAAAGGCUUCUGAAGCUGGGGCAACGAAAGAUGAUCCAGAGAAGGAAGUUCUUGAUAUUAGUGCAAAGGGUGCUGUAGGUUUUGUCAUAACAGCAUCCACUUUUCUGGUGCUGCUUUACUUUUUUAUGUCAUCAUGGUUUGUUUGGGUGCUGAUUGUACUCUUUUGCAUCGGUGGUGUUGAGGGAAUGCAUGCUUGUAUAGUUACUCUGAUACUAAGAGGAUGCAAAAAUAGUGAGCGGAAGACCGUGAAUUUGCCUCUUUUUGGAGAAGUUACUGUUCUUUCUCUUGGGGUGCUAUUGUUCUGUCUGUCAUUUGCUAUUGCCUGGGCGAUAACUCGUAAGGCAUCAUUUUCGUGGAUCGGACAAGAUGUGCUUGGUAUUAGUUUAAUGAUAACAGUUUUGCAGAUAGCUCGAUUGCCUAAUAUCAAGGUUGCUUCUGUACUUCUUUGUUGUGCAUUUGUUUAUGACAUCUUCUGGGUCUUCAUAUCACCAGUAAUAUUCAAAGACAGUGUCAUGAUAGCAGUUGCUCGUGGUGACAACAGUGGUGGAGAAUCCAUUCCCAUGCUGUUGAGAGUUCCUCGUUUCUUUGAUCCUUGGGGUGGUUAUGAUAUGAUUGGCUUUGGGGACAUUCUCUUCCCUGGUUUGCUCAUUUCAUUUGCUUUCAGAUUUGACAAAACAAAUAAAAGGGGCAUGACAAAUGGAUAUUUCCUUUGGUUGGCAAUUGGCUAUGGAUGUGGUCUCUUGUUUACCUACCUAGGCUUAUAUCUGAUGAAUGGGCAUGGUCAACCUGCACUCCUCUAUCUUGUUCCAUGUACUCUAGGUGUCACUGUUAUUUUGGGUCUGAUGAGGGGUGAGCUAGGUCAUCUAUGGGAACAUGGCACGUCCGUGCCUAUACCCAUAUUGGGAAGACCUGGAGAAGCUUAGAGCAUCUAAUCAGUUUUAAGCUGGAUGCGGGUGAACUACACUGAUGCAGAAGCUGCAGAGGGGAAAGAUAUGGCUUCAUACAUCUUUCCUGAAUCCGGAUCUCAGUCCAACAUUGUGAGAAACACAAUUGGUAUAAGUGAUGGACUUCAAAGCCUUUAAAAAAGCAACUCACCCUUGGAAACCAUUUCCAUGUAUAUCAUCUCUUGUAUCUAGUAACUUUUUCCUCAUUGUUUGCUACUGACUUCUUGUUAAUGUUGUAACAUAUUCUGAACUAUUUGUCUUACAAGAUGAAUUCCUCGUUGUUUUCUGGUUUAUCACCCUGAUUUCGGAGCUUGUGCAUUAACUUAUUUGCCUUGUUCGUUUAACCUUGAUAAUAAGAACUUAUUUUUACUUUUAUGGCUCA